AUCACUGUGAUUCGUCUUUAGUCAGAGCGCGUGACAUGGCGACAGGAACGCGGAUCUUUUCAUGAACACUGUCCUCUGGGAGGGAAACAGCGCUGAGGAAUCCCUCGAACGAUUUGUGAGUCAAGAAUUGAUGUUGCUCAAAUUUCACAAACGGAUGUUCGCGAGGGACAUUCAUCUUAUAAACUCAAAGGCUUCAGACAUUAAGCCGUUUCAUAUUACAGCUAUUCCAAAAAAUCAAGGUACAAGCCCACUCGGGUUGUCCGCGAACAAGUUUUACUACACACUGGUAAAGCUUUACGGUAAUUUCCCACGAAUCUAUCAGGAAAGAAAAGGAGAUGUGCUAUAUCAGUCGGAGUCAAUACGUUCUACCUGCCUUCAAGGCAUAGUGCAGAUGGCUGUGAAACUUUUGUUUCUAGCUAAGAUCUGCGGAAGAGAAAUUGAUCGAGCAAUCGUUAGCCAUUAUUUGGAUUCGAUCGAAACUUCAGUUCGAAAUGCAGCAAAGCUGCAGUAUGAGAAUCUGCCGCAUCUUAUCACUUGUACGGAGCACUCCUCGACGGGUAGUGCUGUUCUGCUCGGUUUUGUGGAUUCCUGUUUGUUGUCUUGUCGUCAAGUGUUGAGCUGCAUUACCAAGUAUGGAGACGGCGCUAGUGCAUCGGACAACUACGUGCUGAUCUUCGAUAUCCU